AUGAUAAAAUCAAACGAUCCUUUGAUUCCUCCAUUUAGAUUUGCAAUUGUCGAAGAAGGUUUAUAUAGAGGAUCAUACCCAACAGAUAGAAACUUUAGAUUUCUAAAGAGAUUCAAAUUAAAAACAAUUGUAUCGUUAACACCAAAACCACCAACCAAAUCAUUUUAUACAUUUUGUGAAAGAUAUGGUACAACCGGUAAACAUUUUACAGUUAGCAAAUUUAAAGAUGAUGUAACAUUAUCAGCUAGUCAAGUCGUACAACUAUUAGAACUAAUGAUCGAACCUUCAAAUUUACCAAUGUAUGUUCACUGUUUGGAUGGUGCAAAUGUAACUGGUAAUAUAUUUAUGUGUCUUAGAAAACUUCAAAAUUGGAAUCUCUCAUCUAUCUUUACAGAGUUUACAAGAUUCACUAGAGGUGGCACCAUUGCUUCAAGUGAGGCAGAGUUUGUCGAAACUUUUAAAGCUGAAAUCGAUGUUCCACCACAAAUCCCUUUUUGGCUAUGG